UUGCGUUCACCGGGUACGCCCAACGCCGGCCUUUCAAAAUCAAAAGUCGAAGUCGUUACCAAAUCAAUCCAAGCCUACGCGCUCUUUUAGUCUGCUACUGUAAAUCAACAAGUUGUUUCGUUCAUCUAGGAAUUAAACUUUUUUUGGGAGAAAUGUCCACUUUGCGCUGCAUCGCUCGAUCUCUCGUAGCCUCAAGGGUUAUCGGUACGCGUCUCAUAAGUUCUAGCGACUCCCGCUAUACGAAGAUUUACACUCGCACUGGUGACAAAGGCACGUCGGCGACGUACACGGGUCAGCGGCGACGCAAGGACGACGCCGUCUUCGAGGCCUUGGGCGCCACGGACGAGCUGAACUCGCACAUCGGCUACGUCCGCUCGCUCCUGCACCACCCGGAGGUUAGCGAGCAGCUGAAAUUGGUUCAGUGCUUACUUCAAGACCUCCAGGCUUCUAUCGCAACGCCGAAGUCAUCAGCGUCGGAGGGACAGAAAGUCAAGACUGAGUUUCCGGCUGAGCACAUUAAGGAGCUGGAGCAGUGGAUUGAUUCACAUUCUGAGAACUUGCCACCACUCAAGAACUUCAUCCUUCCCUCUGGAAGUCCAGCUGGUGCUGCCCUCCACAUAGCCCGCUCUGUCUGCCGGCGGGCUGAACGAAGGGUGACUACACUUUUCUUGGAAAAUGAGGUGGAUGAAGUUGUGAUGAAAUAUAUAAACAGGUUGAGUGACUACCUGUUCGUUGCGGCGAGGAUUUGCUCGCAUCAUGAAAAUGCAGAGGAGACAAUCUACAAGUGACACCAUACCAAGGAUGCUAGCUGCUGGCUUUCAUGUUAUAGGGCUUUCCAUCAAUAAAAGGUUGCAUCGAUUACUGUA